AUGUCUCAACCAUCUGCCAACAACAACAAUAACGAAAAUACCUAUUCCAAAGUGUUUCUUGUAGGAGCGACUGGAAUCGUAGGUCAACAUGUUACCAAAGCUUUAUUGAAACAUCAUCCUCAUACUCAGGUCAAACUAUUGAUUCGUAAAGAAAGUGAACAAAAAGCUUCUGAAUUGAAACAAUUAGGAGCAGAACUUGUGUUUGGUGAUCUCACGACCUUAACUACACAAGAAUUGGACCAUGUGUUGGAUGGUUCAGAAGUCAUUGUGAGUGCCUUGUCUGGAGAUUCAACCGUCUUACACGAAGCUCAACUCAAAUUAUUGCAAUCAGCUCAACGUGUGAAAAGUGUCAAGAAAUUCCUUCCAUCCGCAUUUGGUGUCGAUCAUGACUCUCUCCAAUAUGGUGUUUUUAUUUCGAAUGAUAUCAAGAAAAAGUUUGCUGAAUUGGUUGUGAAUAGUGGUUGGGAAUAUGUCUUUGUGAAUACGUACAUGUUUUAUUCAUAUGCUGCUCUUCCAAAUUUCUUAUUUGAAUAUCAUCCUGAGACAAAAAUUGUGAAAUACGAUGGCGAAAGGAAUACUCCCAUUCCAAUGACUGAUUUGGAAGAUGUUGGAAAGUUCACUGCUCUCGCUGCUCUUCGAAAGGAUAUUAAGAAUCAAAGUGUGAAUGUCAAAGGAGAUGUCAAGACUCUUUCAGAAAUUGCAAAACUCUUGCAUGGAAAUGACAUUCAAUUUGAAAAGGGUCUUGAUCUUGAUGCAUUGAAACAAGACAUUGAGAGAAAAUUGAAGAGUGGUAUUCAACAACCUCAAGAUUUCUUUACAAUUUUGGUGUUGCAAUUGAGAUGGAUUUUUGCAACUGGAAUUGCAACUCCUCAAAAGUAUGAUAAUUUGGAAUUGUUUAAAAACGUUCAACCAAAGAGUUUUGAAGAAUUUGUAGCAACACUCUCAAAACAACAUUAA